AUGGUAUCCAAGAAGAGAAAGACCGCAUCCGAUGUCGAAGCCACCACCGCUGUUGCAAGCACUAGUGCAGCUGCUGCCAGCGAGGAAGUCAAUUUCCCCCGUGGUGGAGCAAGCACUUUGACUCCUGUCGAAUACCGCGAGAUCUCUAACAAAGUUGCCAGCGAUCUGUUUACUAACGUAAGUAAUUCUCGAGAAAUUUCUCAAAAUCUAAAAAUUCUUUUACAGACUCCUUCAAAGACUACCGAAGAGCCUGUACAAAAGAAGCGUAAAGCCGAAAAGAAGAAAAAGGUCCCUGCAGCAACCCAACCCAAGAGCGAGAAAAAAAGAGUUGUAAUUAAUGAAUUGAGCUUUAAGAAAUUGACUGUUGGAACUCUUUUGCUUGGCUGUAUUUCACAUAUCAACGACCUCGAAUUGAUUGUUGCUCUGCCUCAUCAAUUGGUGGGUGUUAUUCCUAUCACCGAGAUUUCAACACCGUUGACAUCUAUUGUCGAGAAAGUGGCAGCACAGGGUGAUGAUGAAGAAGAAGACGAAAAUAUCACACUCCCCAACCUUCAUACCUUGUUCCACGUCGGACAAUGGGUUCGCUGCAGAUUAACCCUUCUCCAGGAUCGUACAAACAAGGUCGUUAAGAAGCGCAUUGAGCUUUCAAUGAAGCCCGAGGUUGUGAACUCGGACCUUGCCAAGGCUGAUGUUGUACCUGGAAUGGUUCUCGGUGCAUGUGUUGAAAGUGUCGAAGAUCACGGUUACAUUAUGUCUCUUGGUGUCAAGGAUCUUACUGCAUUCUGCAAAACCAAGGAUGCAGCAGAGUACAUUGAGAGCAAUGAAGGAAAACCUCUUGUGCCUGGACAGAUUGUAGACUGUGUUAUCUCUAGCAAGGCUGGAAGCAAGCGUUCAGUCGAUGUUGUAUUAAGCCACAACAAGAUCUCUCACAGUGUUCCUUUCUCUCGUAUCACUUCGGUUACCCCCGGACAGCUCGUCAACGGUAUGAUUGAAGAUGUAGCUUCAACUGGUCUUGUUGUGAAGUUUAUGGGUCUUUAUGAGGCUACUAUCGAUGCUUCUCACUUGCCCCUCACCGCUAAUCUCGAAGAGGCCUACCGUAUUGGUACAAAAAUCAACUUCCGCAUUAUGUACUGCAUUCUCAACACUGAACAAAAGACAAUCGGUGGAUCUCUUUUACCCCAUGUUCUUGAACUCAAAACCCCCGAGUUGACUGUAGAAGAUAAGACAAAGUAUGUUGGCGAUGUUUUCCCUAUUGGCAGCUUUUUAGAUGAUGUUGAGGUUGUCCGUAUUACCCAUUCAGGCCUCAAUGUCUCCAUUCCUUCUCUUGAAGGCGUAACUGGCUUUGUGCACAUAUCCCGUCUGGCUGACGAACACAUUAAGUCUGUUUCCGCUUCCAGUGGAAAGUUCAAAAUUGGCACUACCCAUCGCGCCCGAGUUUUGGGCUAUAACCCCACUGACUCCGUUUUGCAAUUGACUCUUCAGCCCAGCGUCCUUGCAGAGAAGUAUCUCUCUAUCUCUGAUGUCAAGGUCGGAAGCAUGGUUACUGGUAUUAUUCUCAAGCUUAUGCCCUCCGGUUUGCUCGUUAAACUUUCCAAGAAUAUCUUUGGUCUUGUACCCACUCAACAUUUGGCUGAUGUGCAGCUGACACAUCCUGAGCUUAAAUUCAAGACCGGCGCUAAGGUCAAGGGACGUGUUCUGUUAGCUGAAGAUGGGGAUAGAAGACGUAUCAUCCUCACCCUCAAGAAUUCUUUGAUAAAGAGUGACCUUCCUAUCAUCACCUCCAAAGAUGAUAUCAAGGUUGGAACGACUACUCAUGGUGUCAUUGUAUCCGUCAAGCGUGCUGGAUGUAUCAUUGGAUUCUACAACAACAUUACUGCCUUUGCUCCCGCUUCUGAAAUGACUGAGGCAUCUAUUAAGGAUAUUACUGAGGCCUUCCGCGUCGGACAGACUCUCAAAGUUACCUUUAUCAGCGUAGACGAGGAAAAGAAAAACUUGGUAGUUUCAUGCAUCAACUCUGAAAACAAAUUCUCCAAUAAGAAGGCUUCUAAGACUGUGCCCGGAACCGAAGAUGAGAUGCUUGGUACACAUGUUGUUGCCAAGGUCAAGGAGGCCAAACGUCUCCAGAUCAAUGUUACCCUUCCCAAUGGUAUGGAAGGCCGUGUUCAUUUGACCGAAAUGUUCAAAUCCAUCGAUGAAAUUAAGAACCGCAAGCAUCCUCUCCGUCAUUUCCGUACAAACAAGGAGCUCGAGGUCAAGGUCCUUGGUGUGCGUGAUGUCAAGCUCCACACUUUCCUUCCCAUCUCAAACACUUCUAGAACCAAGCAAACUGUUGAGUGCUCUCUUCUCGAAGAACCUGUUGCCCCCCGUGCUAUUUCUGAUGUUAAGGUUGGCCAAAAGUACCUUGGUUUUGUCACCGAGAUAGCUCGCAACCAACUUCGUGUCAGUAUUGGUAGUCACGUAUCUGGAAUUGUCCGCAAGCAACAUACUUCAAGCGAUCUCGAGAUCGCAAACAACUUUAAUAAGAACUUUGCCAUUGGUGAGGCUAUUGAGGUGGCUGUUUUGACAUCCGAUCCUUCCAAAAACACACUUGAUCUGAUCAAUGUAGACAAGCCUAAUACACCAACUUCCAUUACCUAUGAAUCUGUUACCAUUGGACAAAUUCUUCAAGGUGUUGUCCGUAAAGUUGACCCAGUUCACGGUUUGUUGGUCCAGUUGACUGGACAAAUGGCCGGCAAGGUUAUCUUGACCGAUAUUUCUGAUAAAUACGUCGAAAACCCCACCGAAUCUAUCAAGGAAGACACCAUCAUUCGUUGUGCCGUUGUAGCCAUCGAUGCCUCUAAGAAGCGUGUCGAUUUGUCUUUGAGAGAGUCGCGUGUAUCUCCUGAUACUGCAGGAUUGGCCGAGAAUAGAGAAAUUGAAUCAGUUGACGAUGUUAGCCAAGGUGAUGUUCUUUACGGCUACGUUGAGAACAUAUCCGACUCCGGUGUCUUUAUCCAAUACGGCCGCCACGUCAAUGCUCGUGUUAAGAUUGCCAAUCUCUCUGAUUCAUUUGUCAAAGAAUGGAAGACUAUUUUCCACACAGGUCAAUUGGUAAAAUCAAAGAUUGUUAAUGUCGAGAAAAACAUGAAGAGAAUUGAGGCUACAUUAAAGGAAAGCGAUGUUAACGGAACCAGUCCCGUUAAGAAAGCUAAGAAGGUCAAGGUUGUCAAGGAAGAUGUUGAUAUGGAGGAGGCUGAUGACGAUACUAAGAUGGAAGAUGCAUCCGAUGCUGAUAGCGAUGAAGACGAGGAAGAAGAUGAGGAGGAGGAGGAUGAGGAGGAGGAGAGUGAGGAGGAAAUUGAGGAUGAAGAUGAAGAAAUGGAAGAGGAUUCCGAAGACGAUGAGACACCUGCGUUGGCUGUCGGUGGAUUUGACUGGACCGGUCAGGCCGCUGCCAAAGUAGAAGAAGAAAGUGAUUCCGAAGAUGAAGAAGAGGAGGAAAAGACGAAGAAGAAGUCAAAGAAACAGAUUUCUGAGGAUAAGACUGCAGAGCUCUCUACACUUGCACCCCAGGUUUCUGCUGAUUAUGAGCGUAUUUUGAUUGGAUCUCCAAACUCUUCUUACCUUUGGAUUAACUACAUGGCAUACCAACUCCAGCUUUCCGAAGUCGCAAAGGCCCGUGAGAUUGGUGAGCGUGCUCUCAAGACUAUCAGUUUCCGCGAAGAACAAGAGAAAUUGAACGUCUGGGUUGCCAUGCUCAACCUCGAGAAUAACUUUGGCACUGAUGAAUCUCUUAAUGAAGUAUUUAAACGUGCAAUUGUGUUCUGUGAACCCAAGAAGAUAUACCUCCAGCUCGCAAAGAUUUACGAGCGCAGUGAAAAGUUCGAUAAAGCAGAAGCUCUCUGGACAGAAGCCACCAAGAAGUUUAGUCAGUCAUCCAAGGUCUGGACUCUCUUUGGUCUCUACUGCUUACAGAACAAGAACUUUGAGAAGGCACGCGAAUUAUUGCAGAAAAGCUUAAAAUCUCUUCCUAAACACAAACACAUCAAGACCAUCACAAAAUUCGCCCAGAUGGAGUUCAAGCACGGUGAGCCUGAACGUGGACGUACAAUCUUUGAAGGUGUUUUGGGCAACUACCCCAAGCGUGUUGAUCUGUGGAAUAUUUAUCUUGAUAUGGAGAUCAAGGAGGGCGACAAAGAGUUGAUCAGACGUCUUUUCGAACGUGUCACAUCUUUAAAGUUUUCUUCAAAGAAAAUGAAGUCUCUCUUUAAGAAAUGGCUGCAGUACGAAAGUGCAAACGGCUCUGAGGCUGAUAUUGAGCACGUCAAGGAGAAGGCUUUGGCAUACGUCGAAAACAAGAGCGCACCCGCACUUUAAUUAGGGAAACCUUACGGACAGACUGGCAGGACAGACUAGCAAAAUAAAAUGUAAAAUAAGCGCUACAUCACCCAUAAUUACUUUUUUAUCUUACAUGCACCCCCCUUCCCCCUUUUUUUUUCUUUUUCUUUUUUGGGGGGUCAUACUUUGACAUUUAUUAAAUAUUUC